GCACACCGCCGCUUGGGUCGGCGUACAGAGGUCAUAAUAAGGCGCCAAAUAAAUGAAAUUUGGAUCAAUCCGUACAGCAAACCUCUGCUGAAAUGCUGGAAUGCAAACAUGGACAUCCAGUAUGUAGUUGAUGCAUAUGCCUGCGUAGUGUACAUCAUUUCGUACAUUUCCAAAGCUGAAAGGGAGAUUGGAUUGCUGCUGAGUAAUGCCCAGAAAGAAGCAUCCAAACAGGCAAACGUCAGUGCCAAAGUUUGCCGUUUAAUGACAUGUGCUUGGCACAAUUUGCUUCGGAAUACCGCAUCAUCAGCAAAAACGAAAGGUCGGCAUCCAAAAUAGAACUUAAAAACAACUACGGACAUGUGACAAAACGUACACGGACCAAACCUGCCGUAGUACGCUCUGCGUGUUUUUCUCAAACAAAAAACCCAGAGUUAUACUAUCGUAGCCUUUUGCAGUUGUAUCUGCCAUACCGGGUGGAUUUGCAGUUAAGACCUGCCAACUGCCCAACAUUUGAAGAGUUUUACAACAACGGUGCAAUCAGAUUAAAUGACGGGUCGAUGCAUUCUGUCCGAUCCAUCGUGGAUGUAAAUCAACAACACUUUGACAGUAGCGGGGAUGAACUGGACAGCAUCCAAAGAUCUAUUGAUCACAGCGGUGUUGCUGAGGAUGCGUGGUGUCUGUUGUGUCCCGAACAAGAAUUAGAACGGCUACAGUGUGAAGAAGAGCGUCAGAAAAAACAUCAAUUAGUAGAAGAAGAGGCAGAAAUAAUACCUGAUUUGGCAAAUGAAAAUAGACCAGCUCUAAAUAUCCAAAAACAAAACUCAUUGAGUCGAAAUGAUGGCUUGGCAUUGAUCCGCUCCCUAAAUAACACUCAAAUGGACAUUUUUUUACAAAAUUAGACAGUGGUGCCUUGAUAAAGUAGGUGGGAGAAAACCCGAGCCUUUACACUUAUUCAUCACAGGUGGUGCCGGGACAGGAAAAAGCCACCUAAUUAAAGCCAUCCAAUAUGAGGCUACCAGGUUGUUGUCAACAAUGUGUCGGCAACCGGACAAUAUUUCUGUCUGUCUAGCUGCACCAACAGGGAUUGCUGCUUACAAUUUGAAUGCCACAACAAUACACAGCACAUUGAGCAUCGGCAAGGAUACCCGUUUGCCUUACACACCACUGGGUGAGGAAACGGUGAAUUCCUUGCGUGCCAAGUUCGCGGACCUCCAAAUUUUGAUUAUCGAUGAAAUAUCGAUGGUUGAUCACAAGUUGUUGACGUACAUUCAUGGUAGGCUCCGACAAAUUAAGCAAACCGGUGACUAUGCUGCAUUUGGCAACGUCAGCAUCAUCGCAGUCGGUGAUUUUUACCAGUUACCGCCAGUCAAAGGAAAGCCUCUUUAUGUCGAAGACGCCACUUUCAACUUGUGGGCAAAUCUUUUCAGUGUUGUCGAACUGACAACGAUAGUCCGGCAAAAAGAUAAUCAGUUUGCAGCAUUGCUAAAUAGACUCCGCAAACAUCCAAAAGGCGCGGCGUUGUUGGAAACAGACAUAGAACUUUUGAAACAGCGCGAAACGGGUGAGGUCAGCUCCGCGUUACAUGUGUUUCCAACCAAUCAACAAGUAAACGAAUACAAUCUAAAACAGCUUUUCAGGAUCUGUCCGGAGUACACGACGAUAAAAGCUGAGGAUUUCAGCCAAAACAAAAAAUCCGGUAAAUUAGAAAGAAAAGUAGGGCACCACAGCAAAGUUUACAACACGUGUUUAGAGGAAACUCUGCACAUCGCUAAAGAUGCACGUGUAAUGCUUUGCAAAAACAUCGAUAUUGACGACGGCUUAGUUAACGGGGUUAGUGGCACUGUCUCUGAUGUUCUUUUCCAAAAGGAUGACACAUUUCCGAGUAAGAUCUAUAUAAAGUUUGAUGAUGCCAAAGUAGGUCAACAAAGGCGCGCACAAACUGCUGAGUCUGUCACGCUAAAAGACAGUACAUUUAUUCUGCCAGAGGAAGAAAAAGUAACUAAAAGUGGUGGCAUGCGUCGCCAGUUCCCUCUGAAGCUCGCUUGGGCUUGCACGGUACAUAAAGUCCAGGGUGUUACCGUGAGCAAUGUAGUUGUGUCUCUAGACAGGGUGUUUUCCGCAGGGCAGGCGUAUGUUGCAUUGAGUCGGGUCACAGCUUUAGACGGUUUGAUUAUUGAAAAGUUUAAUGCCGAAAAGAUUUACUGUAAUGAUGCCAUUAAGAAUGCUGUAGGUAGGAUGCCAGCAUUUUUGACAGAAAGUGAACCAACACAAACAAAUGUACAACCACCACAUUUCACAAUUUAUUUGAUGAAUGUCCAAAAUUUGACAAAACAUGCGUCAGAUUUGGCAGCAUGUACACAGCACCUGCAGCCUAACUGCAUCGCUGUGACAGAAACGUGGCUGCCAACGGCAUGUACACCCAGCAGUGUAACCAUUCCUGGGUAUCAUUUCCAUAGCCAACCACGAUGUUUGUCUUACUCCAGCAGUAACCCUGCUUUGGUAGAAUUACAAGGGCAACAGCAUGGCGGAGUUGGCAUGUACAUUGCAGACCACCUGCACUGUAGUGUUGUCUCCGCCCCAAACUUCAACUUGGAAGUUUUACUGGUGAACUGCUCCUCACCCAGUGUGUUAAUAGCAGUUGUGUAUCGACCACCCUCCUAUCCAAUGGCGUUGUUUCAAGGUCACCUUGGCACGCUGCUGGAUUGGUUGCACCAGGAGUACGCCAGCAUUGUCGUACUGGGAGAUUUUAAUGAAAAUUUGUUAAAAUCUUCCACUAUCAGCACAUUCAUGGCUAGGAAAGGGUUCUGCCAGUCAGUCAAACAUCCUACCACAGAAAAGGGUACACUAAUUGACCAUGUAUAUGUCAAAACAUCACACUUUGAUGUAGAAUCGGUUGUGAUGCCCACUUAUUUCAGUGAUCAUGAAGGGAUUUUGUGCUCUUUUAAACACUAAAUUUAAAACGCACACACACGCACAUACACAUUCCACUUCAGCGUUCUUCUGGCAGUCUUAUGGUGUAAGUGUAGUGUAUAGUGUAAAAUAGGUUUAGGUUCAACCAGUGGACAAUUUACAAUCCACGAGUUUACUUGCCCACGAGAACGGUGGAUUGUAUUUGUCAAUCACUGAAUGAACGUGUAAGUGUAGUGUAUAGUGUAAAAUAGGUUUAGGUUCAACCAGUGGACAAUUUACAAUCCACGAGUUUACUUGCCCACGAGAACGGUGGAUUGUAUUUGUCAAUCACGGACUAAAAGUGAAAUCACUGGUCAUAGUUAAGAUCCCAGUUUCUGUCAAACCAGUAAAUUAACAUGUAAAUAUUGUAAACAUGUAAAUAUUGUAAACAUGUAAAUAUUGUAAACAUGUAAAUAUUGUAACAUCUGCUUGUAUUUUAAAUAAUGUAAAUAUGUAUAUAUGUAAAUAUGUAUAUAUGUAAAUAUGUAUAUAUGUAAAUAUGUAAAUGUGUAUAUAUGUAAAUAGUACCUGAUGAAAUGAUCCCAGUGCUGCCUCACUCACCUGUCCUCUUGUCUUGAUAGUUACCGCCUGUCUGCCUUAAAGUUAAAUACUAAAGGGAUUCAAACCUUUUUCAACAGUUAUUUUUCUAACCAAAUUGUAUUAGUCAAUCACGGCCGCAAAAUUCAACCACUGCCCAAAAUUAAGAAUCAAAGGGAUUAAAACUAAGACUUUUCUGAACACGUUGGUAUUUUUCUAACCAGUGGACAUUUUCCAAUCCGCGAGUUUACUCUUCCGAGAACGGUGGAUUGUGUUUGUCAAUCACUGGCGAAAAAUACGUUUUUUCAGACACGGUAAUGCAAACAAUGAGGGCAAUGUAAAUAUGUAAAUGAAUAUGUAAAUAUGUAAAUAUGUAAAUAUGUAAAUAUGUAAAUAUGUAAAAAUGUAAAAAUGUAAAAAUGUAAAUAUGUGAAUGUAUAUUGUGACUAACCUCUGCUCUUGUCUUUCCAGUUGCCGGCUGUCUUCAGUUCCACGCACAUGAUCUUUAUAUUAAACAUAGUAGCAGUAGAAGUACAUGCGUAGAUUUAACAUAGUAGCAGUAGAAUAGCAUAGAAGUAAAACUAAUCCCAUAAGUGCAUCAUACCAACUAUUAUAAUAGCAAUGUAGUCGUUUGCAUGCAUGUGAGGUUUCAUCAACAGGACAAGACCCCUCUGACGGUGUGAGUGUCCUCUGACAACUGCUGCAUGUGUGAAUGCUGGCUGCUUCCAGAGGAGCUCCCACCAUUGCACCUUGACAUCCACCCAUUGCUGACGGGAUAGGAUACUGGUGAUUCCAGGAACUGGUCAUCAUGGGACUGCAACUACUGAUCCUUUCCUCCACCCAUUCUUAACCCUCUGUCCUUUCUUCACCACUGUCUACCUACCAUCUCUCCGUCAUCCCUCUCAACCCAACCGGUCGAGACAGAAGGCCGCCCCAUAGAGCCUGGGUUCUGUCCAAGGUUUCUCAAAGAGUUUUUCCUUGCCUCCGUUGCCAAGUGCUUGCUCGUGUGGGGUUCAGUUGGUUCUCUUUCUAGAUAACUUCCAUAUGAUGAUUAGAA